AUGGUGCAAGUCUGUUCCGCUGUGUGUGGCGCAAAUCGAAGCGCAACCAGUAUGGAAACGUUGAGCAGACAACAUUCAUGCGUCACAAGGACGUAA